CCGCUCCCGUUCGCGCGUCUCGCGAGCGUUCCCGUGACGGGCAGAGGCGCUGUGGGCCAGGGCGCGCGUCCAGCCGCUGCGAGACCGAGGCUGCCUGAGGCGACCGGGAGCCGAGACCAUGUUCCGAGCGGUGGCGACGAGGCGGCUGCAAGGGGCGGCCGCAUUGCUUCGAUUUCAGAGUACCCUGGUAAUAGCUGAGCAUGCAAACGAUACCAUCGCACCCAUUACAUUGCACACCAUCACGGCAGCCACACGCGUGGGAGGUGAAGUGUCCUGCUUAGUAGCUGGAACCAAAUGUGACAAGGUGGCACAAGAUCUCUGCAAAGUAGCAGGUGUAGCAAAAGUCCUGGUGGCUCAGCAUGAUGCAUACAAGGGCCUUCUUCCAGAGGAACUGACACCGUUGGUUUUGGCAACUCAGAAGCAGUUCAGUUACACCCACAUCUGUGCGGGAGCGUCUGCCUUCGGGAAGAACCUUUUGCCCAGAAUAGCAGCCAAACUUGAUGUUGCCCCAAUUUCUGACAUCAUUGCAAUCAAGUCACCUGACACAUUUGUGAGAACUAUUUAUGCAGGAAAUGCUUUAUGUACAGUGAAGUGUGAUGAAAAGGUGAAGGUGUUUUCUGUCCGAGGGACAGCUUUUGAAGCUGCAGCAACGAGUGGAGGCAGCGCCAGUUCUGAAAAGGCAUCAAGUACUUCCCCGGUGGGGAUAUCAGAAUGGCUCGACCAGAAAUUAACCAAAAGCGAUCGGCCAGAGCUAACUGGCGCCAAAGUGGUGGUGUCUGGUGGUCGGGGUUUGAAGAGUGGAGAGAACUUUAAGUUGUUAUAUGAUUUGGCAGAUCAACUCCAUGCUGCAGUUGGUGCUUCUCGUGCUGCUGUUGAUGCUGGCUUUGUUCCCAAUGACAUGCAAGUUGGACAGACAGGAAAAAUAGUAGCACCAGAGCUGUAUAUCGCUGUGGGAAUCUCUGGAGCCAUCCAACAUUUAGCUGGGAUGAAAGACAGCAAGACCAUUGUGGCCAUUAACAAAGACCCAGAAGCUCCAAUCUUCCAAGUGGCAGAUUACGGGAUAGUCGCCGAUCUCUUCAAGGUAGUUCCUGAAAUGACUGAGCUAUUAAAGAAAAAAUGAGCCAUGAUCGUGUGUGAAGAAGAAGAAUUAUGAGUAUUCCGCUGAAAUCGUAGAUAUUCACGGCUAUUAUAACAAUCAUUGGAAAGCUGCAUUUCAUAACUUGGGGGAAAAUUCUAACAGGUGCCAGAAUGCUUUUUUAUGGGGGUAUUAUGUUUCUUUUUAACUGUGGUUCCAAACAAUUAUUUUUGAAAUUUUCUAAUUCUGUAAUAAAAUAUAAUAAAGUCUUUCCACAGCUUUAAAACUACUACCAGAAAUAUCCUCGCUUCGUCAAGAGAGAGAGAAGGCUGAAGAAAGGUGGUAAAAAUUCAUUUUUCUCUUUGC